UGAAUGCCAGUGGCAGAGCAGCAGCAGUGAGUGUGUGUUAUGUUAUACAUAGAUUUGUAUGCGUGUGUGUGUGUGUGUGAGAGAGAUAUUUUAAAAUACUAGUGUUAUUAGUUUGGAUUUCUAUUGAAUCCAAAUGAAAUUAAACGUAAUAGUAAUAGAUGGUGGUAGUUAGUAGUAGAAGAGGCAACGUCGCGUCGCUCCGAUUAACGGACACACUACCUGUGAAGGGCCAAAGGUGUAAUAAUAAUAAUGACCCUACCUGCUGGUGGUGUACAGGUAUGUGGUGUGAGUUGUGUCGGACCUGCUCCAAGUUGUUUUGGUUAUUGUUGUGAGUGAAGUGAAGUGAUGUUGGCGCCGUCGCAAACCAAGCCUGAGAAGAAUGGAAAUACGAUCACCACCAAGACGCGGACUGUCGCCAUAGUGGCGCCUCAGAGGAGUAACAGUUUGGAUUAUCUUAAUUUUGAGGAAAAGAGGCGUUUGAUUGCAUCGUCCUUAUCUCUUUCGGAUUUUCUUAAUGCGGGAAAUAAUGCCACCAAAGAGGUCAAGGAGGUUGUUACUGCUAAGAAACAAAAUGGUUCUGUAUUCCGAACGAACAGUUUGGGUAGUGGAACAAGGACUCCGUCCCUAGAACGAAAAAGCAAAUUCUCCAUAGGAAAAUUACUUAGACCAUGGAAAUGGAAAAGAAAAAAGAAGUCGGAUAAAUUGGAAGCAGUUUCGAGAACGUUAGAAAGAAAAAUUUCAGUUCGUGCUAAUAGAGACGAAUUAGUUCAGAAAGGUAUCCUUCCUCCAGAAAGCCCUUUAACUCCGCCUAUAUCCGAGCCAGGUUCAGGUGAACCCUUAUCAUCACCACUUCCUCCCAGCGGGUGUCAACAAUUUACCGAAAAACAAGCACCACAGGGACCACCACCUCUUUAUCCAACACUUCCACAGAUGCAGCAUAUGCCUAUUAAUCCGGCAUUACUGCAGCAACAACUUCUUCGAAACCCACACUUUAACCAAGCGAAUGCCAACAAUAAUCAAACCGGUAUCGCCGACGUGAUCUUGGACUUUUUUGUGAUGCUUACCUGCUUUAAAGAGCCAAAAAAAGAAAAGACUGAUGGAGCGGCACAUAACGGCGCCGUUUCUCCCAACGGAGACACGCCUUCGCAAGUUACCCAGCCUGGAAGUGAAGUCGGAAAACCAGAAAGACCCAACACUUUAGGCCACGGGAGGUUGACGAGACGAUUAUUGUGCUACCACAGUGAACAUUUUAAUGAUGGACAGCCAAGUCUUCUCGGCAAUCCACCGCCUUCAUCUGAGAAAGAGUCCCAGAAUAUACCUCCGCCCCCAAUGUCCGAUCCUGGUCUUAUGCUCUCUGACUUACCAGAGCCGCCUAUUCCCUUAUCAGAAAUCGGGCCUAUCCCUCCACCACCCAUGUUUAGCUCUCCUAGUCCAGUGCCCAAUCGGCAGUCGCCGCCUCCGCCACAAAUGGCCGAUUACGAAUACGAAGAAAACGAAGACGAUGACGGCGAAGAAAUCGAUUUUGAAAAUUUCGACGAAACCUCGUACAUGUUUCGCAUGCCUCAACCGGAUCCUACCAUCGACACAAGUCGAAUAGAUGAGAUUCCCGCUAAAGAACCAAAAUUCAAUGCCAUGCCUCUGAAAUCAGCUUUGAAAAAGAAGAGUAGUGGUGGUGGUAGUGGUCCUGGAACACCGCAAAAUACACCAACACAAGAAAAUAGACCAUUAACAAUUCGACAAGCGCAAACGGAAAAUAAUUCCAGUUUUAAAAGGCCCCCUAUGAGGCCUCGGAUAAAACUAUGCUCGAAGCCCGUGAGGUUUGGCAUAGGCUUGCCAUGCACUUUAGAAAACAAAGAAAAUGCCAGGCCGUAUGUAAUCAAGGAGGACGGUAGUGACAGCGACUCUAAUGAUGGUCCAAUCAAUUACAGAGAUGAAGAUGGGGAAUUGUCGGAAGAGAACAGACUGGCUCUUAAAAUUGCCAGAAAAGAGAGUCUUUCGCUGAAAUUAUCAUUGAGGCCAGAUCGUCAAGAGCUCAUUAACCGAAAUAUUUUGCAAAUACAAUCGGAAAACGAACGACAAGAAGCCAAGGAAGCAAUCGGAGCGAGAUUGAUAAGAAGAUUAAGUAUGAGACCUACUCAAGAAGAGUUGGAAGAGAGGAAUAUUUUGAAAAAACAAACUCCAGCUGAAGAAAAGAAACAAAAAGAAGAGAAAAAACGAUUUUUGUUGCGAAAAUUGAGCUUCCGACCGACUGUUGAAGAAUUAAAAGAAAAGAAGAUUAUCAGAUUUAAUGAUUAUAUUGAAGUAACACAAGCACAUGAUUAUGAUCGUAGGGCAGACAAGCCAUGGACUAGGUUAACACCAAAAGACAAAGCUGCUAUUAGGAAGGAAUUAAACGAGUUCAAAAGCUCAGAGAUGGCAGUACAUGAGGGCAGCCGUCAUUUAACGAGGUUUCAUAGGCCUUGACAAUUCCAGAGUUUGUUAAAACAAAAACAAAAAACUGUGAUGGACGUAGCCGUAGAAAUUAACGUUCCCGUAUUCGCUUAUUAAUUGAGUCAGAUUGUGUUAAAUCUGGCUGAGUUUGUGUAGGACAUUGCACAGGAUUAUAACUGUAUAAUUGUUUUGUACAUACGUGAUUUUUAAUACACAAAGUUUUUAUGGAUAAUUAUUAUAAAUAAUAUGUGUACAUUUUUUGUUUGAAGCACUUGAUCAAGUUGUAAAUAUUUUGUGUAAUUAUAGUGCAGGUUUUAAUUUAAAAUUCAAGUUGCAUUACAGUGUGUAUAACUACUGUAGGUGUAUUUGUUAAUGUAGAAAUUUUGUUUGAGUUACUGUCUAACACUAAACAUUGACUUAGAGACUUUAUUUUAUCCCAUACGACACGAUUUAUUUCGUUUGGAAAAAUUAUUUUUAUUGGAUAUAAAUAAGUAGCCAAUCAAAGUUGUAAAAUUAGAAAUCUUGUAUAAGGACCUUGUGCAAAAGAGGAACCGUUGGUCUAGCUUGUAACAUAGUUUCCUUCGCUUCUAAAGGCAAUAUGCUCUAUGUAUACUGUAAGAAAUUGUAUUCAUACUCAAUCAAUUUAUACUGGUUUUAAUAACAAGAAAUGUCUUCCAAAUAGACAAGACAUUAAAAAACACGCCUUUUAUUUCUUCUGACUGUCCUAUCAUUACAUCCAUCCUUGAAAAAAAAAACGUAAUUCGGUGGCCUUGAAAAAAUGUUUAGAAUAAAUACGUAAAUUAAUUUAUUUGUUUACAUUUACGAAUAAUGUACACAAAGUGCGGUUGAGUAUUAUUAAGUUUUGAAGAUGCUGAUAACAGGAUGUCAUGUGUACCUGUUUAACAAGUUUUUCUAAUCAGAUGUAGAUAAAUUUUCGUACUUGAAAUGAAAUACAACUAACUAAUAACGCAAUAAUGAAGUUCAAACCAAACGGCCACAUUUUACGAAUUGCUUUAACUAUAUUCAGUGUUUUAUUUGGAAUUUUGAGUAUAACUCUUAUAACAAUGGGAGCCAUCUAUUUUGACGAAUUAUGGUGGCCUAGAAGAUACAUUGGUUUAGAUUUUGUUGAGCUGCCCACUUUAUUGAUAAUUUUAGGCUCAUUAUGCUUAGCUAUGGCUGUUGCUGGAUGUAUAUUUGCUAAAACCGACAAUAAAACUAUACUUUUAACAUUCGCUGGUGUUCUAUUAACAAUUUUGUGUAUCGUAUUAGCCAUAGGUAUAAUUAGCUUUAUUAAUAUUGAAAAGCAUGAAAGUGGUCACAGUAAGAGGCACCGACUAAUAUCAGGAGAUAAAAGGGAGAUUUUCCUUACUUCAUUUUAAAUAAGUUUUAGUCCUAAUGUCUGUAUUUAUGUUAAUACAAAGAAUGAAGAAUCAUA